AUGUCUGAUAUUGAUAUAUUUUCUUCAUAUGAUUCAGUUUCAUCUACAUCAAGCUCAAAUGUAACUCAACAGUAUUCAACAUCAUCAAUUGAAAAUCUUUUAAAACAAAAAGAUGACUUCAAACAAUUUAUCGUUAUCAAGAAUGAUCAAAAAAAUGUUUCAUCACUUGCUUGGUCAACAUUUUGUUUUCCUGCUAAGCGUGCAGAAGAUGGUUCUUAUAAACAAAUAAUUGGUUUUGCAAGUUGUUUCAAUUGUAAAGAUACGUAUUCAUUUCAAUCUGGUGGUAGUGGGAGCACUAAGCAUUUGCUAAGACAUGUAUGCUCAAAAAAAUCAUUACUAUUAUCAGAAAAUAAUCAAGAAGGUCCAAUAGAUAAAUUUAUCAAGUCGAAAAAGUCAACAUCAUUUAAAUUAACUUCACAAGAUCGUACAACAAUUCGAGAUGAAUUCACAAAAUGGAUAUAUUCAUCAAUUCGUCCAUUCAACAUUAUUUCUGAUCCAGGAUUAAAAACAACUUUAAAAACAAUUAUUGAUAUUUGUCAAAAAUAUCAUGGAUUAAUCGAUAUUGAAGAUAUACUUGUAGCACCAACAACAAUUUCUUAUAAUGUUAAUCGAUUAGCUGAUCAUUACAGGUCUUUGGCACGACCUAUAUUAAUUGAACAAGCUGAAGCUGGUGUUUUAACAAUCUGUCCAGAUCUAUGGACCGACAGUUUAAAAAAAAUUAAUUAUUUAGAUUUAACAGUUUAUUUUGUAACAUCAAAUUAUGAAUUAAUUUCAUUCGAUUUAUGCUGUUCCCGGUACGAUGAGCGAAAAAAAUCAACAAUGCAUCAACAACAUCAGGAAACAAAACAACAAAAAAAACUUGAAUAUAUUGGUGAUAGUUCAACGGAUAGCUCCUCGUCUGAUGAUGAUUCAACAACAUCAUCUCCAUCUAAAUAUGCUGAAGCAAAUAUACUAUUAUCAGAUUUACCAUCAAAAUCAAAAGAAAUUUUAAAUACAAUCUCAACAUGUAAAAAGCUUGUCAGACAUAUAAAAGUAAAAGGUUUAAAUAAAGAUAUAGAAGAACUUGGUGAAUCGACCGGUGCUUCAAUUGAACAUGUUCGAUCGAUGUUAUCAUCAAAAUCAUCAAAGAAUGAAUGUUCCUUUAAAUUAAAUAAUAUUAGUACUGAUGCAUUAAAAGAUUUAAUUUGUUUAUUAAGUGAAUUUAAAAAUGUAUCUAUAUUAGUUCAAACAGGAACUCGUCCGUCUUUACAUUUGGCUUAUAUUUGUGUUAAUAAACUUGAACAUCAUCUACAUGGAACUGAUGUUGAUAAAGAAGGUGAAAUGAUUUGUAUCGAUGAUCGUGAUGAAGGUACCGAUUUCUUUCGAAAACGUCUUAUUCAAUUAUUAAAAUCUAAGUUUACAUUCGAUGAAAAACACCUUGCAGCAGCUGUUCUUCAUCCUCUUUACAGAAAAUUAUCAUUCACCACCAAGUAUUCCAAAAAUAUUGCUCAUUUAUAUAUUCGUGAACAAUUAAAUGAUAUAUUAGGAUUACAUCAACAACAUUUUACAACAAAUUCCGAACCUUUAAAGAAAAAACAUAAGUCUAUCGAAGAUCAGUUUGCUGAUCCUGAUGAUAAUAAUAGUUGUGAAGGUAAUUUAACACCAACAUCAACAAUUAAAAAUGAUGAACUUGAAAAAUAUUUACGAAUGAAUAUCGACAAUGUUUAUAAACAACCAAAUCCACUACCAUUUUGGCGUGAUCAUGAAAAUAAAUUCCCUGGUUUAGCUUUACUUGCUCGUCGUCUGUUCUCUAUUCCGGUGACACCAGCCGGAGUAGAGCGACAAUUCUCUUCUGCUGGUUUAACAAUCAGUGAACGUCGUUCCUCGCUUGAUUCAGAUACUGUCAACGACAUUCUUUUCGUCAGAUCUGCACAAACUCUGCUUGAAUCAAAACCAGACAGUUUUUUUAAACAAUAG